AUGGCUGAAUCACUGGAAGAUGUGUACAUCACGCUCCUCAUGAGCGACUCGUACAUGCCGGGUGCAGCAGUCCUGGCUCAUUCCCUGCGAGAUGCCGGAACCACGAAGAAAUUGGCCGUGCUCAUCACCCCCGAGACGCUCUCUGAGCAGGCUGUUGAAGAACUCAAGGUGCUGUACGACUAUGUGAUUCCAGUCGAGCGUAUUCGCACUGCCAAUACUGCCAAUCUCUACUUGAUGGGGCGUCCUGACCUAGCAUACACUUUCACCAAGAUUGCACUAUGGAAACAGACUCAAUUCCGCAAGCUAGUAUAUCUCGACGCCGAUGUCGUUGCCCUGCGUGCUCUGGACGAGCUGUUCGACAUUGAGGCCGACUUUGCUGCAGCCCCAGACAUUGGCUGGCCAGAUGCCUUCAACAGUGGUGUCAUGGUCAUCAAGCCAGAUCUGAGUGUAUACGAGGCUCUGGCGGCCAUGGCAGCCGCUGGCGAGAGCUUCGACGGCGCAGACCAAGGCUUACUCAACCAGUAUUUCGAGCACCGUCCCUGGCAGCGCCUCAAGUUCACCUACAACUGUACCCCCAAUGCCGAGUACCAGUGGGAGCCCGCAUACCGUCACUACAAGCAUGAAAUUGCCGCCGUUCACUUCAUCGGCAAGAACAAGCCUUGGUCGGGCAACCAUCCUGGUGGCAGUGGUGUAUACGGAGAACUGGUGGCACGAUGGUGGGCAGUACACCAGAAGCAUUUUGGCGAUGGACAGAGAGCUGGUGAGACACAUGGCACGCUAAGUGAAGCCAUUAACUCUUCCUCUUUUGUCCCUCCCCCUGCAGAAGCUUCUUCUGUCCCCACCGAGCCACCCAUAACUGAUACUGAAGAUGAAGUGCACAAUGUUAACCAAGUCGAUAUAGGAACUCUCUCGAACCCCUGGGACCCAACCAAGUCCGGCCCCCCAUCUCAAUCGAGGCCCGAAGCCGCCAACUUCCCGAACCAGACUUAUGGUUUCAGCGACGACCCUUCACUUUUCCGAGCCCCAAGUGCCUAUCCAGAUGCUCCCAAGGACAUGUGGUACCAAGUACCAGACAAUAAGCCAGCACCUGCUAACCUGCCUCCCCCCAUCUUUCCAUGGGAGCAGGCCCCCGACAGACCCCAGCCGACGCGUAUCUUUGCCGAAGACCAGUCGCCAGAACCCACUCCUGCUGUCGAGUUACCAACGCAUCCCUUUUCGACUACCCACUUCGAAGGCGAUGACAAGACGGCAGCUGAGGGUGCCAAGAAAGAACCUUCACCUGAAAGGCCCUCGGGCCAGCAGUGGCAGUCCACCGCCGGCAAUGCGUGGGAUAACGUUCCAGGUAUCGACAAUUACGUGCGCGCCGUGUCCGACCUCAAUGGGCAGCGUGGUAAGACUGCAGCUCUUCAGAAAACGACAGGUACAGACGAUAUUAGCUCGCCCACGAUUGAGCAAGGUCGUCGCGAGAGCCUCAUCAUCACCGACUUCCCUACUGCUGUCGAGCGGCCGAGCCUUCCUGUGACACCAGCCCCUGUCCGCCGCCCCAUGUUCUGGGGUGAUGAGAAGAACAAGGCGGGUGAACUACCUUCUGCAACAGGUGUGCCUGACCAGACCGAAUGGAACCCCGAGGAGAAGCUUGACCAGUUGCGACGCUCAUCCCUCAUUGAAUUUGAGCACCUCAAGAAGGAUGAACACCCUGACCCGCCACUGCGCGAACUGCCAGAGCACUCUGUCGGGGAUGCUGCAAAGGGACUUGACGGCAGUGACAUCCCGGUAGGCGAGCAGAUUAAGGUCUGA